GCGCGGUCGGGGGAAGGGGCCGUUAUGGCGGCGCUGCCGGUGCUGGCGCUGCUGCUGCUGGCGGCGAGCGGCGGCCCGGGCGCCGCGGGGCAGAAGCGCAAGGAGAUGGUGUUGUCGGAGAAAGUGAGCCAGUUAAUGGAGUGGGCCAGUAAGAGAUCUGUUAUCCGAAUGAACGGAGAUAAGUUUCGACGCCUUGUGAAGGCACCACCGAGAAACUAUUCAGUGAUUGUGAUGUUUACUGCUCUGCAGCCUCACAGGCAGUGUGUUGUUUGCAAACAAGCUGAUGAAGAAUACCAGAUUCUAGCAAACUCGUGGCGGUACUCCAGUGCAUUUACCAAUAAGAUAUUUUUUGCUAUGGUAGAUUUUGAUGAAGGCUCAGAUGUAUUUCAAAUGCUAAACAUGAAUUCUGCUCCAACUUUCAUUAACUUUCCUGCCAAAGGGAAGCCUAAGCGGGGUGACACAUAUGAACUUCAGGUGCGAGGCUUUGCAGCAGAGCAGCUGGCUCGCUGGGUGGCUGACAGGACUGAUGUCAGUAUUCGUGUGAUAAGGCCACCAAAUUAUGCUGGACCAUUGAUGUUAGGACUACUGCUAGCUGUCAUUGGAGGCCUUGUGUAUCUGCGUGGAAGCAAUCUGGAUUUUCUUUAUAACAAAACUGGUUGGGCAUUUGCUGCUUUGUGUUUUGUAUUAGCAAUGACAUCAGGCCAGAUGUGGAACCACAUUAGAGGGCCACCAUAUGCUCAUAAGAAUCCCCAUACGGGACAAGUGAACUAUAUCCAUGGAAGCAGCCAAGCCCAAUUUGUGGCAGAAACGCACAUUGUUCUUCUGUUUAAUGGUGGUGUUACUUUAGGAAUGGUUCUCCUCCAUGAAGCAGCUACUUCUGACAUGGAUGUGGGAAAACGAAAAAUCAUGUGUAUUGCUGGUAUUGGCUUGGUGGUGGUGUUCUUCAGUUGGUUGCUCUCUGUCUUCAGAUCUAAAUACCAUGGCUACCCAUACAGCUUCCUAAUGAGCUGAAGGAUUCCAGAAUCUGUAACAUCGGAAGGGUGGCAACUCUGAAAUUGUGUGUAAUGGAAUGGAAGAACUAAAUGUGUAUGGUUCAUGCUACCUCUCUUUAUGUUGAAUGAGAUAGUUAAACACUGAACCAAAGACAAUGUGUAGUGCCUUAAAUAUAACAUGCAAUUUGCUGAAGGACACUGAGUAUUAAGAUGCAAUCUCUUUUUGUAAGCUUUACAUCUUCUUCAACAAUUUCCUCUUA